AUGGGUCUCGUCAACAUCAGAGAGGUCUUCCCCCUAGGAGACAAUUCUAGCGAUACCCUCAUUGCAGGCGUGCAUUUCAAUCUUACGACAUUGAAGCACUGGAACUUCACGUAUUACUCUAAUGGCACUUUCUCAAAUGGCUCGUACUGCUUCCUCGCCUUCGAACCAUAUACCCCGCAUCUCCUCCAGAACGGAACCUUCCUCAACGAAACAUCAUGCUACUCCCCGAUCAACCCGAUGCACACUCGGUCGAAGAUUGGACUCUUCUUCGCGUGCUUCUUCGGUUUGAGCAUCAUGUUCACGUUUAUCAAUCUGCGAAAACACGGGAGGCUAUUCCUACCCAGAGAGAAACGAUUCCACGCGAUUGGAAGGAGGUGGCAGUGGUAUUGGAUGUUGGUAGUUGCUGCGUUUGGGAUCAUAAGUGCUAUUAGCGGGGUGGACGUCGAUCGAUAUUAUCUGCCGGAGUUACCGAUAGUGCUGAACAACUUCUUCUGGUUCCUUAUGCUGUCGACCACGAUGUGUAUUGUAUGGGAAAGUGUUCGGCACUGGGGAAGUUGGCAGGAAAGACAAUUGGUGGACCCGGACCCCUUUUCGCUCAGGCAGGAUGAUCGCCGAAGCAAGGUUGAAUUCUGGAUACCGUUGGUGUUUUAUUUCUUUGCUUGGAUGAAUUUCUUUAUGGUUAUUCCACGCCCUUGGGGAGCUAUUGAACUGCAACGAGACCCCGAACAAACAAAACAACACGCUGAACCAGCAGCAACAGAUCUCCGAUUCAAAGUAGCAGCCUUCUUCCUAUUCGGCAGCUGGCUUACAACCGUCUUUUCACUCUGGCAUUCGAUUAAGCACUACAAGGCUCGAAAUCGGGGAAUUUUCAACCGGGCCUUUGGUCUCAUCAAAUACAUGCCACCAAGAUUCCUUCUGACCAUGCCUCUCGCCUUAGUCAUGAUUGGAUACGAGGCUGCCUGCGCUUUUGAAUUUUCGAUAUCGCCCCUGAAAAUCGACACCAACUUAGGCUUCAUGUACGGUCUUGGAUGGGGUCCGAUCGCAAUGAUUAUUGUCGUCCAAGAGACAUAUGGCUACAUUGCUCCAAAUGAUGACAGGGAACUGAUACGCCAACGUCGUGUCCGGGGUGCCGAGAUUGACCAAGAGAUGGGAAUUACAAAGAAGCCGCAUUGGUGGUCAAGACUAAACGUUGAUAACAGACCGAUGAAUGUACAAGACUCUAUUGCAAGGAACGUAUCAGAAAUUGGAGGGGGACGAGCAACGACGAGGAAUUUAGAGAGGAGUAUCGAAAUGGGAAAUAUGCCGGCGUCUAAGGGGAGAGAUAGCAACAAACCUGCGCCGGAUAUUACGAGCCUUCGGGCGGCUGCAAACUUGCUAUUUCCAGCACACACUGGCAUGGAGGAAACCCAAGAGAGGUUUACGGAUCACCCAGAACCAGGAAGGGGGAGGACUGCCGCGAAUACUUCAACGAGAGCCGGUCCGACUACGGGAAAUGGAGUGAAUGAUAGGAGUGGCAGUAAUGAUAGCGCGGCGAGCGGGCUAACUUUAGGAGCGAGGCCGCAGCAGAUACGGAGUAUGUUAGAUGUGUAG